UCCUCUCUCUUUUCGGGCUCGUCAUUACAGCGUCCUAUUUUCCCCCUAAUUUUUUUUGGCAUAGGGUCGAAGAGAGCUUUGCAUCCAUUCUUCCCUCCCUUUUCUCAGCGACGUGCCACUGGGGUUGACGUGGAAAUGCGGUCUCUGCAUCUGAUCCUUGCGUCUGGCCUAUUGACUUUUCCCCUUUAUCCUCUAUGCCGCUGAGAGCGUCUUGUCCUUCGAGGGAGGUGGGCUUCCCUGUUACUCUGUACAGUCCGUCAUUUGACCGCUUCUUUUUUCUACCUGCCUCAAGAAGGGGCUGCACCCUGCGUUGCAGGAUGGGUGAGACCGAGCAACCUCCCCGGCGAACCGCUGUGAUCGUCUCUCCUGGAGCAUGCAAGGAGGGCUGUCACACUAACUAUGUAUUUCUUAUUUAUACCCGCAAGCGUGCUCUGGACAAAUUAGCCGCCCGCCUUUUUGCCCGUCGAAGCAUCUGCUUCCGGCCUCCUAAGAUUCCGUAUCGCUGGGGAGAACUCUAAGACCGAGCGAGCGCACUGUGGGCCGGGUCUUGUCCAACUGACGUAAUGGGAAACGCCAGGGCCAGACUCCCACAGUAGCCCU